UGCUUGCCGGCAGAUCGGCCCCAGCUUGUACGGCGGACGGCUGAUCCAAAGGCAAACAAAAUGCAGCGUCUCGAAGCCAAUGAAGACACGGAUGCGCUAGACAAUGGCGAAGAGAACACAUCCGGGAACAGCACAAAUCUGGCCUUAUCCAGCACGGAAUCUCAGCACAACAGUGACCCCUCGAAUGUAGGAAUACCCCCGCACCAGACCGGCACAAACAAGCUUGAAUCCGGUGGGUCGGGUGCGUCUACCGGGACCGCCGGUCAGUCCGACAGCGUACGGAACACUCCAAAGCUUGGUUCGGAUCGUAGCUCAAAGAAUGGAUCUCAGAUGCAGCUGGCACAGUUGGCCCCAGCGGGUUCGGGUGCACAGGCCGGUGGGGCCCAACAACUGCUAGACGAUAGCGACACCAUCACGGUGAUUGAGCAUCCGGUCAAUGUGGAAUCAUCGGAAUCGUCCAAGUCACCGCUGAGCGUGCCGAACGCGACCGCCGUCCGGCUCGCCCUGCUUCCCUGGAACACGCACAACCGAUCAGCGAUCAUCUCGGCGAACAGUGGGUCCGUUACGGCCGGUGCCACCAUUGACAUGAUGGCCGCCUCGGAUGGGACGCUGCGGCCGGGUGAGAUCGUUAUGCGCACGCUGUUCACCGAUUUCACCGUGCAGGCGGAGAAAAAGAUCGAGAGCGUAAUGCUGGACGGCUCGGACAAGAAUCUCCCCAAGUUGCUGCAGCGCGGCGAGGACUAUCAGUUCGAUCAGCUACUGCAGGCGCUCGGCUCGGUGGCGGAACACUGCUUACCGUCACUGUUGAAGGCACUGCUAGCGUGGCACAAGCACCAGAUCUGCGAUAAGAACAUCAAGCGUGAUCUCCACACCGGAGCGGUCGGGACUACCGGGUCGUCCGGCUCAUCGUCGCACCAUCCGGCGGCCAAGACGGGGCAGGAUUUAGAGUAUCAACUGUUGCGGCGCGAGGCGGCCGUCGAGUUCAUCUUCUGCCUGGCGUUGAUCGAAAUCUUGCGCCAAUUUCCGUUCCACCCGGGCCACGAUGACAUCACGCGGCAGAUCGAAAACCUUGCCUUCCGCCAGUUCAAGUACAAGGAGGGUGCACAGACGGCGGCGAACGCGAACGAUAACUAUCGCAUCGCCGACCUGUACGCGGAGGUGGUGGGCGUGCUGGCGCAAAGCCGGUUCUCGUCCGUGCGGAAGCGCUUCAUGACGGAGCUGAAGGAGCUGCGCAGCAAGGAACCGAGCCCGUUCACCACGCACAGUAUUAUCAGCCUGCUGAUGGGCAUGAAGUUUUUCCGCGUGAAGAUGGCCCCGAUCGAGGAGUUUGAGGCAUCGUUUCAGUUCAUGCACGAAUGCGCCCAGUACUUCCUGGAGGUGAAGGACAAAGACAUCAAGCACGCGAUGGCGGGCCUGUUCGUGGAGAUCCUGGUGCCGGUCGCGGCCACGGUGAAGAACGAGGUGAACGUACCGUGCGUGAAGAACUUUAUCGACCUGCUGUACUCGCAGACGUUGGACGCGUGCACGAAGUCGAAGCACAAGUUGGCCCUCUUCCCGCUGGUCACAUGUCUGCUGUGCGUCUCGCAAAAAUCCUUCUUCCUGACCAACUGGCACUGCUUUCUGGCGAUGUGUCUUAGCAACCUGAAGAACAAAGACCCCAAGAUGAGCCGCGUGGCGCUGGAAUCACUAUAUCGGUUGCUGUGGGUGUACAUCAUCCGCAUCAAGUGUGAAUCGAACUCGGCCACACACUCCCGUUUGCAGAGCAUCGUCAACUCGCUGUUUCCCCGUGGCUCGAAGGCAGUCGUCCCACGGGAUACACCGUUAAACAUCUUUGUGAAGAUCAUUCAGUUCAUCGCGCAGGAACGGCUCGAUUUUGCGAUGCGCGAGAUCGUGUUCGAGCUGCUGUGCGUAGGCCGACCGAUCAAGAUCAUCAUGACACCGGAGCGUAUGAGCAUCGGGUUGCGCGCCUUCAUGGUGGUGGCAGAUUCGUUGCAGCAGAAGGACGGUGAGCCGCCGAUGCCGCGCACGGUCGGUGUCCUUCCGUCCGGCAACACGCUGCGGGUAAAGAAGACCUACCUCAACAAGAUGCUCACCGAGGACACGGCUCGUAGCAUCGGGAUGUCAAACUACUUUCCGCACGUGCGGCGCGUGUUCGUGGACAUUCUGCGGGCGCUCGACAUUCACUGCGGGCGGCCAUUGAUGAUGACGGUGAUACAAAACCAGAACAAGGAGCUGGAUGAGAUGCUGACCGGUGAGCGGAAGCCUCGGAUCGACCUGUUCCGGACGUGCAUCGCAGCCGUGCCGCGGUUGACGCCGGACAACAUGACCGGCCACGAGCUGGUCGAUAUGCUGUCCCGGCUGACGAUCCAUAUGGAUGAGGAGCUGCGUGGGCUGGCGCACCAGUCGCUGCAGACGCUGGUGUACGAUUUCCCCGAGUGGCGGCAGGAUGUAAUCCAAGGGUUUAGCCAAUUUCUUGCCCGCGAUGUAGUCGACACCUUCCCGCAGCUGCUCGACAACGGUCUACGUAUGCUGUACGCUUUUCUCACGGUGUGGCGUAACUCACUCGGCACGGGUAGCACAAGCAGUAGCAACAACAACACUCUCAACACCAAAGUGGGAACGGGAGUGACCAACGCGGGUGUUGCUAGCGGUGCUGGCAGGCAGGCCUUACACAUGGUGCGCACGGGGGCAAAUCAGCAAGAUUCCGGCCUGGCGAGGCCCACGCUAGCACAAACCGUCGCAACGAACGCUUCGUUGAACGCGGCCACAAUCAAUUCCAACUCCAGUGGUAGUUCGGGUGUUUCUUCCAUCACACAAGCCACAACCAUCACGACGGGGCUUAUCGGUGCGGGCACGACCGGUAGUAGUGGAAUUGCAGGAGGCAGCUCCGUUGCCGGCGGUGGAACGGCAUCCGGAACAGGGAGCGAUUCGACCACCGGUAGCGGUAUCAGUGGAGCUGCCGGCGGAACCAAGAAGGGUCACGAGCAACCACUUGCCACGACGAUGCAUAUGGUGGAGGGGCUAGCGCUCGUUAUGCUGUGCAACUGUAGGUCACAGCCACGUAAAUUCGCUGUCAGUAUACUUAAGGAGGUUAAAAUGUUGAAGAAACUGCUGGGUAUACCGGAGACCGAACCUGCCCUGAUAGAUGUCAUCGAUCGAUGCUGCCCCCAGGUACUAGAAAAGUGUCUCCAUAUGCUACCGCAAACCGACCGCACUGCGAUGCUGAACGCGAACGUGAUCGAUCUGCAGUGGAUCGUUGAUCGAAACAGUGGCGUGUGGACAACCGGGCACGUGGAGGAGUCGACCAAGGCAUCCACACUGACCCUCUGCCUGUCACAGUCAGCUCUCGGCCAAGCGUACGAUCCCUGGAGCGUCUGUCUGUUCGGAUUCAUGGAACGGACGCGCGUGCUCCAGCAGUGCCCCUCGGUGGUGGCUCAGGCCUGGCCAAUUUGCUACCAGCGCGUGACGAGCCUGUUCAACGUGAUCGACCCAACUCCCGUUAGUGACAACCGUGCCUCGCUGCUGCGGAGUUCGGCGCCCACGAAAAAACCACCGUCGGAAGCUCAACGGGACUCGCUCGCAUACCUGUGGAAAAACCAGGUCGCCCUCGCCAUGCGUCUUAUCCCACAAAUGCCCAGCGUAGCCGUGCGUUGCGCUUCGCCCGAUCUCAGCCUCAGUCUGCAUGAUCAGUCGGAUUCCCGCUCGCUGUCCGACUCGUUGGACAAUAUACCGUCAUCCGUGUUUGGACCAGAAGGAAUCGUGACACGCUUCACCCUACCUCUAUCCUAUGGUCGCAAAGAUGCCCGACAUAAGAGACAAGGUUCCUCACCGGACUCACUGUCGGCGGACCGUAGCGAUAAGUCCAGCGGCACGACUGCGUCCCCCGUGGCACUGUACAAACUGGUGAUACCGCUGCUGCGCUGUGAAGUCGUCGAUAUACGGGAUGCGGCCAUCAACGCCCUUGGGAUGAUCAAUCACGAUGCACUGAAGGAUCUGAUGGAGGAGCUGGUCGUAUACAUCCGAGAGGCGAUCGACCGAAAGCAGGAGAACAUGAGGCGCCGGCGGCGUCGUGAUGCGUUGAGGUUACAGCUGGUGCGUGUGUUGGAGAAGAUUGCCGAGAAUGGCACGUUCGGCAUUAGCCCGUUCGUGCUGGAGCGGGAAACAAUGUCGCUGCAUCCAACGUUCGUCGAGUACAUCGACGGUGCUCGGCUGUACCUGGAGACGGAAACGGACAAAGACAGCAGUAGCAUGCGCGAGGUGAAGACACACUUCUGUGACUUCAUCCGGAAGAUGAUCAAGAACUUUUCGCUCGAAUCGUGCGCCACGCUGUUGUCGCGCGAUCUGAAGCGCAACCUGGUGAACCUGUUCGUUGCAUGGAGUGGCUCGGCGUACGCACUUCCCUUCGCCUCCCACGGGCACCAGAGUCACGGGUCGCACCACGCUGGUCAUCAUGGGGUGGGCGGCAGUGGCAGUGGUAGUGGCGGCACUGGUGGUGUCAGUGGAAUCGGAAUCGGGAUCGGCGCCUCCGGCAUUGGAGCGAGCGUGUGGGGCGGCUCCAGUAGCAGCACGGCAGCCGGUGGCGGAUCGGCGGCUACGGCAACCGGUGCAACGUUGGCGGCCGAGGAAGAAAAGCUACAGUUCAGUGCAUUACAGGCCAUUUCAGCCGUGCUGUGCUGCGGACCGUGUUUCGAUCCCGGUCAUCUGGCGGAGGAUGGAGCCAUUUACAGCUGGCUGGACAUGCUAAUGACGUCGAAAGAUGAAAAAAUUUAUGAGCUGGCGAAGGAAACCGUCGUCCUGCUGCUCGAGUCCAACCCGGAUAUAGGCCAGCUGCUGGAAUGGGUCAUCGAUCGGUGUUACACGGCUUCACCGCGCGAGGCAGACGCCUGCUUCCUGGCCCUGGCUGUCAUCUUCAGUGCACGUGAAUAUCCGUGUGACCAUUACACCUCGGUGAUCAACGUGACGCUGCUGAUGACCGGAUGUCCCCGGGUAGAGGUGCAUUCGACGGCGCUCCAGUUGCUGCAGAUACUGGACAAACGGUUCUUCGGCAACGUUGGGCCGUUGCAUACGGAAAGUGAGCGUGAGCCGGAUAAAAUAGGCACGCUGGAUGCCGUGCUCAGUGGAGCCUACUGUCGGUCACAGAUGUACCUCUCGCGCCAGAUUGCCCGGCUGCGUCCCGAGUUGACAAUGUCGAUGUUUUCCGAGAUAACCUAUCGAUUCCAGACCGCCCGCGCCGAGGCACGUGCGCUACUGCUCCAGUGCCUUCUACCGUGGUUGGAAAACGUGGAGCUCGUCGCAUCCAGCGUUCCACCCGCAACACCAUUGUCCUACAUUAUGUACUAUCCCGACUCGGCUACACGGGGUCGCCGCGAGGGAUCCGGUUCCACGGAAGCCACGGAGAUGAUACUGAACAACCUAUUCUACAUAACUGCGAAGUUUGCAGAUUCGCACCCUUACAUCGAGGAGCUCUGGGGUACCUUGUGCCAGUUCUGGCCCAACAAUCUCAAAGUAAUCCUGCGCUACCUGCUGAUCAUCUCCGGGAUGGCUCCGAACGAACUGCUGGCUUAUGCGAAACGGGUGGCCCUGUACCUGGCUCGAUCCUGCACCAACCGGCUGCUGGACGAGCUGAUGAGCGAGCUGCAAACGGUGGAAACUUUGAACUGCCUAAUUGAGCGCACGGAAACGCCACCGUUCUAUCGCCUAACGAGCAUGAGGAAAGCGUCAAGCCAUUCGGACGGGCCAGCGUCUGGGAAUAACGACCCGAAGGUGCAUGAUGUGGACGUCGAGAAGGGCACCAUCCACACGAAGCGCCACAGUGGUGAGGAUCCGAUAAAGUCUGGGACAUGCAAAUCGGACAGUGCCCUCAGGACGUUCGCAAACGCCUACCGGCCUCCGCGGGGCAGCGAUAAGAUACGCACGGCGUCCGGACCGUGCGUGCUGCCACGGCACGAGGACGUGAUGCUGAUGAUGAACGAGCCGGAGAUGAAUCAGGAGGAUAAUUUCGUGCAAAUACGCACCGAGCAGCCGACGGCUCCGCAUCCGCUGCCGAUGCCCGAGUACGGUGGCUACUUUGCGCCGCUGACCGAGUUUCUGCCCGACACGAACAUUCCCAUCAGUGGCUUCCACCGGUGCAACGUGGCGGUCAUGUUGCUGACCGACAUCGUGGUCGACGGCAUCCCCGGCCUGGACUGGACGCUGCACGUACCGCUUAUGUUGCACAUCCUGUUCCUAGGUCUCGACCAUACUCGGCGCAUAGUGCGGGAUCAUUGUAAAAAGCUACUGCUCAACUUGCUGAUUGUGCUGGCAGAACAUAACGAUCACCUGACAGUGGCGAAGGUCCUGUUGAACAGCGACACGUCCAAGCUGCAGCUGGGCAUUGUCGUACCGGCGCUGCCCGUGAUCGAUCACAACUUUACCGAGCCGGACCAGGAGUUCGACAGUUAUCUCUUCGGGUUGAAUGGUGCGGCGCAGCAGUCGCAACAAUCGCAGCUACUCUCGCCUGCCUCGAACCAACCGAACGAGGAGACCCCGGCCGUCCCGACGAUCGUAACGGAGGAGCGUGAUGCGCCGCCCCAGCCGGGACCAACCAUGCCGACGGCGCACGUCAUCAAGAGUCUGAUUCGGUUCCUGUCGCAGGAGGGCGCGCAGCAGCAGCCGCUGUGGAACUACGAGGACAUCACGGCGAAGGUUUGGAGCAUAAAGUCGGCGGAUCAGUUGCAGUGUUUCCUGCGGCAUAUCGUGAAAGCGUUCACGGACAGCUACCCCCACGCCCGCAUCCCGGAGCGGUGGGCCCAGACGGCCCUCCAGCUGGGGCUUAGCUGCUCGUCGCGCCACUAUGCCGGGCGCAGUCUGCAAGUGUUCCGCUCGCUCAAUGUCCCAAUCAACUCGCGCAUGCUGUCCGACAUUCUGUCCCGGUUGAUCGAAACCGUCGCCGAGCAGGGUGAGGACAUGCAGGGCUACGUGACGGAGCUGCUGCUUACGCUGGAGGCCGCGGUCGACAGUCUGGAUUCGGACUUCCGUCCGCUCGACGUGAUGAAGGAUAUCUUCAAGAGUACGCCCAAUCUGAACAACAAGGACGGUGUGGGAGUGGCGGGCAUGUACGGAGGUGGCGGUGGUAAGCGAACCGGCGACGGGAUGCUUGGAGGAUCACCUGGCCAGAGCCUGCACAAUGCGAUGAGUGGCGGCCAUACGCGUAGCACCAGCUACUCGAUAUCGUACUGCUCACGCAAAGCGGCCGCUUCACCGAUUGACAAGCAGAUCGAACUGCGCAACCGAAAUGCGGCGCUAGAGCUCGAGCGCAACGCGGCCAAGUUUGGACCAGUUGGACAAACAUCACUGUCCCGAUCGCGAAGCGCUCAAAGCCUCAAGCUGCUCGGUGAUACGGCCACCCAGGACGACAAGAUGACCAUCCUGGCUCAGCUGUUCUGGCUCGCCGUGUCCCUCCUCGAGAGUGACUACGAACACGAAUUCCUCCUCGCGCUGCGUUUGCUCACACGCGUCCUACACCGACUGCCACUCGAUCGGCCGGACGCCCGUGAUAAAGUGGAGAAGCUGCAGCAGCAGCUCAAGUGGUCCACCUACCCGGGCGUGCAUGCACUCCUGCUCAAGGGCUGCACGCACUCGGGCACCUACGAAGCGUCGAUCGCGCUCCUGUCGCAGCUUACCCCACUGCUGAGCCUCCCGGUAUGCGAUCCGACGCAAAGCUGUGCCUUCCCGAUGAACGUGAUUGCCCUGCUGCCGUACAUGCUGCUGCACUACGAAGACGCGAACGAAAUCUGCAUCCGGAGCGCCGAAAACAUUGCCCAGGUUGCGUCCGAGAUGGGGCUGAAGCUGGAGAACCUCGGUACGGUCAUGACGCUGUACAGCCGUAAGACGUUCAGCAAGGAAUCGUUCCAGUGGACCAAGUGUGUCGUCAAGUACUUGUACGACACGUACGCGCACAUGGGCCUCCACAUGCUGGCGUUCCUAACGGAGGUGCUGGAGAAGGGUUGGGUGCAGGUGCAACUGCAGGUCCUCAGUGUCAUCCAUUGUAUGCUGCACUACGUGGAUCUGUCCGCCGUUACGGUGCAACCGAUCGCGGGUGACAUGCUGAGGAUCAUCUCAAAGUAUUUGGAUAGCCCAAACUGGAAGGAGGCAUUGAAAAUCCUGAAGUUUGUCGUCACUCGCAGCUCCAGCCUGCAGGUCGUGCCGCAAUCAACCGACGGUGGUUCCUCGUACGCCAACCUGCACGGUAGCUUCAGCGACUCGGAGGUGUUCUGCAAGAAGGAGCUCGCCGGGCGGACGAUGGAAUUUUCGUUCGACGUCUCCCAGACGCCACUGAUCGGUCGGAAGCUGCUGCUGAAAACCGAUCACGACUGGUCGGCACCGGCGGGCAGUGGUGCUCUCGGUGGUCAAACGAGCGCCAAAGGGUACAACGGUUCAAGCAAUGUGACCGGAACCGGGGCCCAUUAUGGUGGGCACGCGGGAACACCGAACUCACCACGCCGCAGUGCAAGCCUGUCUCCGGCGGACACGGCCCCGUUGAGUGGCUGGAAGCGUCCAUGGAUGUCGCAAGGUCGUGUACGUGAAUGUUUGGUCAACCUACUAACAACAUGUGGCCAACGCGUCGGUUUACCCAAAAGCCCUUCGGACGAUAUCAUAAGCUCACUGUACUCGAAGGUUAUAUUCAGCCAAUCGUCGGAUCUGCUAGAGCGCCAGUCUUCGGCCGCAUCCAGCACGGAUGAAACGUCCGGUGCCCAGCAGGACCUGAGUGGCGGUUCGAAGCGCGACGACGGUGCGCCGGACUUCGGUGUGUUCAAGGACUUUGACUUUCUGGAGUACGAGAGCGAGAGCAUCGAGGGUGAAUCGACGGACAACUUCAACUGGGGUGUUCGUCGGCGGCCCCUGUCGGAGGGCGAGAACGAACAGCACUCGCUGUCGGCCGGUGCUCGCAAUUCCCACUCGAACGUCGACGAGAGCCUAAGCGAGAAGACGCCGGUGUUGAAUCGCCGCAAGCGCCCGAACGCGGACGAUUCGUCGGACGAGGAGGUUGAGUCGGAGUCACCGCUGGACGAGGAGCCGCGGCCGAUCUUCUCCAAGGCGGCCUACCUGAGCGGUCCACCGACGAGCUUGAGUUUGCGCGAGCGACGCCAUCGGCGCGACUCGGUGUCACGGAGCGACACCAGCGGUUCAAGUGCGGGCGAUCUGGGUGAUAUUACGCCGUGCAACGCAUCGCCCCACCUACCGGGUAUGCAUCCAUUCCGGACUGGGCCAAUCCGAGACGAGAGCGUUGACAUGUGGCGGCGCAAUCUGGUCGGGCUGCUCGUGAACCAACCGUCGUCCCACGCACCCGACCUGUUGAAUCAAAUGUUCCGUCUCAUCAAGGAGCUGACGGUGCGCUCGAUUUCGAUCUCGAAGGACUGCAUGCGCUUCUUCACCGGCUGCGGCGUACAGCUGGGGCAUCGAAUCUCGGUCCUGGCGGACCUGCUGGCGACGCGUGGCGACCCGCCGAAGAUCUGGUACCAUCAGAGUCUCGCGACGACACCUCGGCUGUUCGAAAACCUGCGCUACGCCGUGCUGGAAGUGCAGGAGCACCUGGAAACGUUCUUCGACCGCAAGGACACGGUCCUGGACAGCCUCGAUGAGGUGAAGGCAUCCUGCAAGCUGGCACUCUUCGCGUCGGACGUCGACUCGGCCAACGAAGGCAGCGAGCAGCGCGGUGGUGGUGGUGGUGGUGGCGGCGGAGGUGGAGCUGGUACAGUGGCCGUAUCGCUGUCUACCUCGACCGACCCGGCCACGGCCGAGCUGCUGCUCGAGCUCGGUCGCGCCAUCUACAAGCUCAUGUUCCAGCUGCUGCUGCUAAUCGAAUCGGACCACAAGAUUGCCAUCAGCGUCGUGCAGAACCUGCGCCAGAACGAACAGAUGCAGGACCUCUCCAAUCUGUACCUGUCGGUGCGCGGGGCCCUACUGCGCUGCAUCGACGACGCCGAGAUGGAGUCACUCGACACAUCCACCUCGACCGAAGGCGAGAACACACCGACCCCGUCGCCCGGGCUGCCGAUGAACAACAGCGAGUUCGAGAACAUUCUGAUCGAGCUCAUCGACAACCAGCGGUGGUCGGCGGCCAUAAAUCACGUAAAACAGCACAAACAAUUAUCGAACCAUUCGGCAUCGAAUUACAAUCUUGCCAGUGCUGCCGCUGCCGCUGCUGGUGGUGGAGGUGGUGGAAUGAUGUUUGCCGCCGGUUCCGGUGCCGGUGGCAGCUCCGGCGAUACGGUGUUUAGCAAUCUGGGCACGGAGUUUAAAACCACCGAUGAUUUAUCGAUCAUCCUGAACGUUUACGCGCACCGGCUGACGAAGGAUAGAAACGACGUCUUCAUCGUGUCCCGGUCGGAGUUCGAGCUCGGCGAAGUCUACCAAAUCCUCAUGGAGAACCUUCUGCACGUUUCAUCGGCCCUGUCGAACAUGGAGAUUAGCAUGAAGGCGAACACGAGCUCCAGCUCGUCGACGAUGACAACGAUGACGACGAUCCCGGCGGUGAUUGGAACAGCGGUCCAUUCCGGUGGUGUGCCGUCCGCGGGUACAUCCGGUAGCUUGGCACAGGGCGGCCAGCCGGCACCACCCCCACCGCCGCCCGUACUGGCCGCCACGAAUCCGUUCAAGGAUACGGUAGACAUCAUCACGACACUCUAAUUCCGUGGACGCACUGAACGAGGCGCGUUCCCUGACGGUUGUUGGCGUCGAUAUGCGUCUUUUUCGUCCUUUUAACUUUUCCUUCCUCCACUCGCCCCCGGGAACAAUCAGCGGGAGCGUGGAUGAUGUGGAUGAUGGCGUCGCAAGGAUUUCAUUUUCCUCCGUAACAUUCGCGGAAAGCGUUUAAUUCUCCAUCGUUGACAAGGAUUCCACUUUCCUUCCAUUGCAGUCUGUGAAAUGUUCGAUGAAACAGAAGCAUUUUUCCGGUACGGUGCCACUCGCGCUGUAAUUCUCCGUCGUUCUUGGGCCGUCGAUUGAUUAAGCCCGAUCCGUGCCAUGCUGUACUUGGCGUCUUUCUCCACAACCCGUCCGUGGAGAGUUUUCGCACCCGAAUUGGCGUAGACAAAUUGCUACUUUAUCGCGUAUAAAACGUGACCGAAACUUAACGGAUUGAGCGUCGACGGUUCGGGAGAACGGCAGCGAGCAGCAUAAAAGCAUCGACCAGCAAGCACCCAUGGUGGUCGAUGACAGAUGAUUUGGAAAAAGUUCACAUUUCAUGUUUAUCGUGUCGUGGGUGUGCAGGCUGUUUUUAGUAUUAUUUAAUAACAAAACAAAUGUGACAAUUAGGGUAAUUUUAUCACUGACGAUACGCGGCUGACGAUAAAGAUGAGGUACGCGAGAUGAAUGAAUGUAACAGGUUCGACUGUGUGUCGAGUAUGAGUACGUGCUGUAAUGAAUAAAUCCUAUUUGCACUCUUUCCAACUUUGAGCCCUUCAAAAAAAAAAGGCAAAGUGAAUAAACUGAUAAACU